CGAGGGACCCGGAAGUACUUACGGCGCGGAGGAGACGCCGCGGGCCGAGUCGUCUGUGUCCUGUUGCGCGCAGUUUUGCCGCCGCCGCCGCCGCCGCCAUGGGGAAGCGACAGCACCAGAAGGACAAGAUGUACAUUACCUGUGCUGAAUACACUCACUUCUAUGGUGGCAAGAAACCAGAUAUCCCACAAACAAGUUUUCGCCGUUUACCUUUUGACCACUGCAGUCUCUCUCUGCAGCCCUUCUCCUACCCAGUCUGCACCCCUGGAGGCGUUGUCUUCGACUUGCUGAACAUUCUUCCCUGGCUUAAGAAGUAUGGGACGGACCCCAGCAACGGCGAGAAACUGGACGGGAAGUCCCUGAUCAAGCUGAACUUUGCCAAGAACAGCGAAGGGAAGUACCACUGCCCUGUGCUGUUCGCCGUGUUCACCAACAGCACCCACAUUGUGGCCAUCAGGACCACCGGCAAUGUCUAUGCCUACGAGGCAGUGGAGCAGCUAAACAUCAAGGCCAAGAACUUCCGAGACCUGCUGACAGAUGAGCCCUUCUCCCGGCAGGACGUCAUCACCCUCCAGGACCCCACCAAUUUGGACAAAUUCAACGUCUCUAACUUCUUCCAUGUUAAAAACAAUAUGAAAAUAAUAGACCCAGAUGAAGAGAAGGCCAAACAGGACCCAUCUUAUUAUCUGAAAAACACAAACACUGAGACCCGAGAGACACUGCAGGAGCUCUACAGGGAGUUCAAAGGCGACGAGGUCCUGGCAGCCACUAUGAAAGUCCCAGAGAAGCAGAAGGUGGACAAGCUGAAUGCCGCCCACUAUUCCACCGGGAAGGUCAGUGCCUCUUUUACCUCCACUGCCAUGGUUCCAGAGACCACGCACGAAGCAGCCGCCAUUGAUGAGGACGCACUGCGCUACCGGUUUGUGAAGAAGAAGGGCUACGUGCGGCUGCACACCAACCGGGGCGACCUCAACCUGGAGCUGCACUGCGACAUGACACCGAAAACCUGUGAAAAUUUCAUCAAGCUCUGCAGGAAGCGUUACUAUGAUGGCACCACCUUCCACAGGUCCAUCAGGAACUUUGUGAUCCAGGGGGGCGACCCCACCGGCACGGGCACAGGUGGGGAGUCGCACUGGGGAAAGCCCUUCAAAGAUGAGUUCCGGCCCAACCUGUCCCACACGGGCCGGGGCAUCCUCAGCAUGGCCAACUCAGGACCCAACACCAACAAGUCUCAGUUCUUUAUCACUUUCCGCUCCUGCGCUUACCUGGAUAGGAAGCACACCAUCUUCGGGCGGGUUGUUGGGGGCUUUGACACACUGACAGCCAUGGAGAAUGUGGAGAGUGACCCCAAAACUGACCGCCCUAAGGAGGAGAUCCGCAUCGAUGCCACCACGGUGUUUGUGGACCCCUAUGAGGAGGCUGACACCCAGAUUGCUGAGGAGCGCAGGAAGACGCAGCUCGAGGUGGCGGCCCCGGAAAGCACAGUGAAGACCAGCCAGCCCAAGCUAGGGAGCCAGGGCCCCCAGACAUACCGCCAGGGGGUGGGCAAGUACAUCAACCCGGCGGCCACGAAACGUGUAGCGGAGGAAGAACAGUCAACCACCACAGCCGUCCCAGUGGCCAAGAAGCAGCCCAGCCGAGGUUUUGGGGACUUCAGCUCGUGGUAGCAGGCCCACCUCUGGACCCCGCUUCAGCUCCACAAGCAAGUCUCAACAGCUUUCUUCAGGACAUACCCUGCCCCCUCCCAUCUCCGAUGCUGACCCCCAGCCCACACCUGGGUUCUCGCACCUGCCUCUGUAAAGGCCGUCACGCACAUGCACACCAGCACUGUGUACGUUGCCUCCUGAGAGCUUGUGGGCUGUUGUCAUGUGCCUUGGGCCAGUCACUGGCUUUUCACUGUGCUGAGGACAAGGCCUGUCCCCCUACAGUCCCCGCCCACAACCGUCAGCCAGCAACCUGGGCUCUACAGAGGCCUUGUCCCGGCCCUUGGCCCUCAGUUCACAGCCUGCCCACCCCCGCCCCUACCCCUUCCAGGUGCAUGCAGAGGUGUGUGGGACUCCCUCGUGAGGCCUGCCCCCUGGUUUGUGCUGGCGUGGUCCCCAGGAGCCUGGUCCACACUGGACAGCAGGGUGUGGCAACAGUCUAUAGGGAGCAUGCCCAGGGCUCCUGUGGGGAGGGCGGCGGUUACAGGGGGCUCUUCUCAGGUCCCUUGCAAGCCCCAGCCAGGUGGUGAGGGUGGCACAGCAUUCCGGGAGCCGCUUCUGCCGCCGAGAGGGGCUCUUGUCUACCCCAGACCCCCUUGCGGGACACUAGGACGCGUCCGUCAGCAGUACGGCGCCCAGGACAAGUGGCGCUACCAAAAAGGACACAUCUGACAUCAGAAGCUU